CAUGAAUCGAUCCAAAUGCAGCUUAAUUCGCAUGCAGUGAUAGAAUUGGGUUGGUCUGCGACGUGGUAUAAAGCAGGCGACAUCCCCAACUUCACCGCUUCAAUUACGGAACAUCUCCAUUAACUUCACCCACCAACAACGACAAUGGUUUUUAACAUCAGUUCUGUCCCCGACUUUGACGACCUUCCUGAGGUUAAAGGCAUGCCUAAGGGCUGUGCCUGGGGUGUUUUUGAUCGUGACGGGAAGAAAGAUCAGGUUGGAACGCUGAACUUCCUGACUCCCGAUGUUGUUCGAAAUGCCGCUCUCGAGGUCAAAGAUGGAGUCUCUAUAUCUCUAAACUGGCCGCUCAAUGCCAUGAACAAGCUUAACAUCCCAGGGCGAUUAGCCGCUCAGCACAAGAUCCUCUACAUACCCGAGAGCAUGGCAGCGCUUCCUUUUGAACAGGGCAAAUCAUGGGACGAUGAAUUAUCCUUCAACACGCAGUGUAGCAGUCAAUGGGACAGUCUAUGUCAUUUCCAGCACCAGCAUUCUGGUUUGGCAUACAACGGUGCAAACCCUGAUAAAGAAACCUUGUCAAUUGACUCAACCGAGUCCAACAAUAUGCCAACCCUGGACCAUUGGCACUCCCGAGGCUGCAUUGCCGGUCGAGGCGUAUUGAUCGACUACGCUUCUUAUGCUGAGGAAAAAGGCAUAGAGUUCCACGCCUUUGAUGGGAACCGCAUCACGGUUGAAGAUCUCGAGGCUUGCGCAGCAUAUCAAAAGGUCGACUUCCAACCAGGCGACAUCCUGAUUGUCAGAACAGGCGCAACCGAAGUAGUCGAUAACAUGAACCCUGCUGAUCUGGGUAAAAUGGCCGCUGCGAAACUCACAGGUCUUCACGGCUGCGAAGAAACGGCUCGGUGGUUGUGGAACAAGCGGUUUGCUGCUGCGGCGUCAGACUCGAAUAGUUUCGAAGCGUAUCCCCCAUUGAAACCUGAUGGUUCUAUCGGUGGAAUGAAAGAUCUCGUGCUUCAUAUGUAUUGUUUGAACAUGUUUGGUAUGUCGAUCGGCGAGUUGUGGGACCUGAAGGAGUUGGCGAGGUAUUGUAAGGAGAAGAAGAGGUACUCGUUCAUGAUUACUUCGACUCCUUUGAAUCAGCCUGGGUUGAUUGGAUCGCCUCCGAAUGCUUUGGCUAUUUUCUAGGAGGGUAGUGGUUAUGAGAUGCAUUGGGGGGUUGAAGGUUCAGAGGCACGAAACGCUCAUCCUUUGUACAGAACAACACACGUUCGAUACCAAAAAGACUGGGUGACUUUUCAUUAUACAACUUGAUAUCAGAUAUCCUAAACAAACGUGGGUUACUGUAGUACCUUAGGUAUGUAGGCAAUUACUCAAAAGUACCGGCCCUGAUGCUUUCCAUUCAUCCCAAUCGCUUCUCAAGGC